GGAAAUGUCGGAUUACACUACCUCUCCGCCGCUGACUGAUUUGCUGACUUUCAUGGGUCACAAGGACCAUCAUACGCACCAUGACCUCUCUCAUCUUGCAAAAGUUAUUAUCGUUGGAAGCAGCACAACACCAGGCCCUGACGGUAUAGAGAUCCUGCCGAACCAGAUUGCUGAAAUGUACACAACCAAAGUUGCCAUCAUUCCAUCAGCACUGAUUCUUCUCAUCUCCUGUUCCAUGCUUAUCUUCACUAUUUUCACCUACUUCAAACGAGUCAUAAAACUCUACAUAGGUUUGGUGUUUUACUCAGUCACAGAAGUUCUCCUCUUUCUGAGAAUCCUCCUCGUUUAUCUUCUCUCUGAGGCCCUGCCUUGUGGGGUAACAAAGUCUCUCACCCUCUUCACCAUGACACUACCCAUUUUGGCAAUACUUCUCAUCACAAUAUCACGACUAAUAUUCAUCAAGUAUCCUCUCCGUUACCGGAAUAUCCUACUCAUAAAGUAUCAAGUAGUAGCAUGUGUGGUAGCUGUUAUAUUCGCACUACUGAUUGCUCUCUGGCCUGCUCUGGGGACCUGUCAGCCGUAUUACGACACUAUCCUCGGACUUUGCCACUUGGAAUGCAACUCUAUAUGCUACGGAUAUAUAUCAGUUUAUGUUACCCUGGGGAUUCUUCUUCCUACGCUCAUCGUAAUAGGAAUCUAUAUCUACGUAUACAAUGUGCUGAAGAAACAUCGAGAAAGGGCCCAGAAAAGAAAGACCUCCUUGCCAGGGAACAAUGACCAGUCUCCAGGAGGGAGAAAAUUUGAAAAUUCCAAAUCCGGAACUGCAACUCCUGACAAACCGAGGGUGCAAGUUUGUGAUCUUAAUCAAGCAGGCAUCACAAUCGUAAAUAAGGUCUCCCUGACCAUCGACAAAGAUGCUCUCAAUCUGAACAACAUUUCCAUUCACACUGAAACAAACCUAAUCUUUACCAAUAAUAACAGCAUCAUCCCGGAAGAACAGACGAAGGAAGAUAAGAGCGCAAAAAGCGAUUCUGAUGUCGUGAUAACAAAUGUCUCUGUUGUUACACCAAAAGAACUUUCAGCUUUUAUUGAGAAGGAGCACAAAAAAGCAACAGAAGGUUCACCAAAUAAAGGAAGUCAUUGUACCGAAGAGCGACAAAGAAAACCUUCCAAUGGAAUCGGCGAUCUGCUCCGGUUCUUACCUUGGGAAUAUCGCUCAUGUGAGAAAUCUCCACUACCACUAACUGUGCACGGGGAGCCGCAACCUCCAGCACAUGGAACUGUUUUGACCAACCCACUUCAUUCAUCAUCAGAAGUUGAAACUUGGCAGUCAAAGAAAUUCUCUCUCCAAUGUCCAAGCUCUGCCAAUUUGCUAUCAACAGACUGGCACAAACAAAAGGAAAGCGCGAAAUCUCACGAUCUUCGGAGUAUAAAGCCGCUAUUUAAAGAAGCAGUGAGACGCCUCUCUCUUGUCACCGAACAAACUGAUCUCCUGAGAAAGAAGGAGAUACCUUGGUCCUUGGUCCUUCUGACACUCAUCCACAUAACAUCCAGCAUACCAUGGAUCUUCAUCCUCGUCUCGCAGGAUUCUGUCGGCAUGAUAGCAAGUGAAAGUGGCAGAGUUUGGCUGGAUUUAGGAAAUGCUCUUCUUCUCUGCUCAGUGGCUAUUUCUCCUCUGCUCUAUAUCCUAUUUACCAGACUCAUCCGGGACAAAGUAUGGCAAAUUAUCAGAAACAUGUUCAAGGCACUGUUCGGAAUUUGAUUAA